AUGUCAUCGUGGAUGAGCACUUUGCUUGUCAUUCAACAACAAAUUAUUCGUUAUGUUUAUUCAUUAUAUCUUAUAUUUGGUAUAACCGGAUGUUGUCUCAAUAUUAUUCUCUUUUCUCAACGACAGUUUCGAACAGUAUCCUGUUGCACAUAUUUCUUAGCAUCAUCUGUGGCAAUGAUAAUGAAUCUCGUGUUCGGAAUCGGACCACAUAUGUAUACAUUAAAUCAUGCAGAUCCAAUUACGACAAUACCCACAUUUUGUAAAAUGCGCAUCUAUUUAAUUCAAGUCGUUGCAUUAACGUAUCGCUGGUCACUGACUGCAGCUUGUCUUGAUCGAUAUGCACUCUCGUCAACAAAUACACGUUUGCGAAAAUUAGCGAAAGUAAAUGUAGCACGCCGUAUUGUGGGAACGAUAGUGAUCGUAUGGGUCAUUUUGCCUGUGCAUACUCUUAUCUUUUACAAUUUGAGAGCAGGUGCAUGUGGUAUCUUUUAUAACACUACUGCAGCACUUUUUCAUGGUAUCUUUACGACUAUGGCAUCCUGUGUUCUACCCGCCUCUAUUAUGUUCACUUGUGCCUUGCUUAUUCGUCAAAAUCUUGCUCUCAAACGGCAACGUCAUCAGUUAACAAAAAAAAGGGAUCAAGUAAAACAUAAAAAUCGUACACGAGAUCAGCAAGUGUUAGUUAUGCUUUUCAUGCAAUAUUCGAAUGUUGGCCGUUAA